AUGUGUUCUGACAGAAUCACCGAGGGCUUGUCGGCCUGUUCUCUCAAUCUCGGCGCCCAACCUCUUUUGAUCGUGCUUAGUCAUUCCAAGCCACAAGCCGUCAUCGAAUUUGGCGGGUCAAAUUUGUCGAUUCCUGAGAAGCAACAGCCCAAUGAGCACAAAAAGCGGUGGCAGAAGCUGUAG